CUACAAUAAGCAAUGGGAUCUUAAUUCUCAUUGAUUCUAACAUAUGAAGAGACAAAACUGAGGGUAGUCCUCCUAAUUCAAUAACUCACAAAAUUCAACUAUCUGAUGUUGGCCUUGACCUAAGCAUAAUCAUUAAUUUUUAUGCAGUUGCCACAGUGCACAUGUCAAUUUUUUCUUUUCCCAACGAACAAAUUGUUGAGAGUUUCAACGUGCAAGAAGAUGGUAGUUCCAAUUUUACGUAUAAAUACACCAACACGAAAGUAUUACCUUCAAAAUUGAGUCCAAAAGUUGAAGAAAAAUGGAUAGCCCAAUUCCAUCAUUGACUAAAAAAUUGGACAGCAAAAUUGCCAUCAUCACAGGAGGAGCAAGUGGUAUCGGCGAAGCCACCGCACGACUCUUUGCUGAACACGGCGCAAAAGUGGUAAUUGCUGACAUCCAAGAAGAAAAGGGUCGGUCAGUUGCAGAAUCUAUCGGCUCCAGUCACUGCAGUUUCAUCAAAUGCGACGUCACAGACGAGCAACAGGUCCAAUCCUUGGUACAAUCAACGGUGGAGAUCCACGGUCGGGUCGAUAUCAUGUUCAGCAAUGCUGGAAUUGCAAGCACCAACGAUAACGAACAAGACAUCCUAGGUUUUAACCUGGAUGCAUUAGACAAUCUAUUCGCGAUCAACGUUCGGGGAUCGGCGGCGUGUGUGAAGCACGCGGCGAAGGCCAUGGUGGAAGGUGGCGUGAAAGGGAAGAUAAUAUGCACGGGGAGCGUGACGGCGACGAUGGGAGUAACCAAGCAAAUAGAUUACGCAAUGUCGAAGCACGCAAUACUAGGAUUGGUGAAAUCUGCAAGUAAAGGACUGGGUAAGUACGGUAUACGCGUAAACUGUGUUUCUCCUGCGGCAGUGGCAACACCUUUGCUUGAGAAAUCAAUGAAGAUGAGUGUGGAGGAGAUAGAGAAACUGUUUGAUUCCUUCAAUUGCUUGAAAACUGGGGCGGCUAUAAAAGCUUCUAAUGUAGCUGAUGCUGUUUUGUUUUUGGCUUCGGACGACUCACAGUUUGUCACCGGCCAUAAUUUGGUUGUCGAUGGAGGUUUUCAUCCUCCUGCCUGAUCUUUCUCGGCCUUAGGCUUGGGCUCUAGUGUUUCAUCCCCGUUAAUUUGGGCUUAGAUUUCCUCUUGUAUCUUUGUUGGGCUAAUGGGCUUGGGUUUGUAAAUCUGUGUAUUCCAAAAUAAGAGAAAGUGAAUAUGAUUUUUUAUUUAUUUAUUGAA